CUCAGUCACACCGGUCAGUCAGGGGGCCUGGCACAAACGUAGAUUGCGAUACGACCAAUCGACACACGCAGACAGACACAGGGAACAGAAGACCGCAGUAGCUAGCGUAGAGAAGCUUCUCACGAAGUCGGCAGGAGAGGUGCGUCGGCCGCCUCUUCGGCACUACCCUCACUUGACCGACACGCAGCCACCCACAGAGAGACAGACAGACAGACACAUACUCUCACCCAAAUGCUCCAGUGUCUGGCCCUCUCGUCCUCACUCUGACCUCCCGGUUGCUGUCCCUCUGCGGCAGCUGCAGCAGCUGCAGCAGCCUGUUGCUGUGCGGCGCUUCCCUUCCACUCGCCGCCGGUCCACUCGCUGUUCAUCAUGGCGGUGAUCAUGGUCUUCUCCUCCUCGUCGAGCUCCUCCUCCCAUAUGCUCUCCUGCGUCACCACAUUGUAGAAGUAGUCCGCCCCACUCUCGGGGUCGUUGUACUUCUCCCAUAUCUCGUCAGCCCAGAUCGACAGGCCCUUUUGUGCAUUGUAGAGGUAGUCGUUGCCGCUCUCAGCGUCCGUGUACUUGACCCACCCCUCCGGCAGCCCCUUGCUGUCGCGGCCCAUGAAGCCCAGAGAGCUCUGGUCGGCCGGCGGCGGCUCCUCCUGGGCCGGGUUCGGGCGGGCCACCUCCUCUUUGAGCUUCAGCUGCUUGACGGGUACUGGGGGCGGGGCUUUGCGGGUCCUGGCGUAGACAAGGUAGCCCACCAGGGCGGCAAGCAUGAGGGCCGUGAAGCAGCAGAUGAAGAUGAACACCGACCGCCAGAAGUCGGCCCACUCCUCGGUGAGGGCCAUCGACUGGCCGGGGGCGUUAAUACUGUCAGACACCGACACCACAUUGGGCACCAUCUCCACCUGAGACACAGAGAGAGAGAGAGAGAGAGAGAAGGGGCGAUUCCAAUGUUUGUUUCUGUGCAGUGCAUGUGUCCUCCUCACCCACCCAAUCGUCGACAAGAAUAAAGUUGAGCCAUCUCUUGAGGUUUGCGCGUCUGUAGUUGCAGUCCAGCAUGGCGCGGGACCACACCUUGUCGCGCGAGAACCCGCAGAAGGAUGUCGACGCGGCCUUCCCGGCGUUACAUGGAGACAGGAAUCCUUCGAAGCGGUGCCAGGCGGCGCGAGCCAGGGGGAAGAGUUUGUGGCAUGUCGCGUUGAGGGCUGGCUCCAGAUCGACCACUGUCGCCUUCUCUCGGUAGCUGUCGCCUGUGCGACUUGCUGCAACCAAAGAGGCAGCCAGAGAGCGGCCAAAACGGUUGCGUGUUGUUCUUCUCAUGGUCUGACUGACCGACUGAGCAGAUAGGUCUGAAGGUCGGUUUGUCGUUCUGAAGUCGUCAAAAGAGCGAGGCGACGGUUGUCCUUGAUGAGCUCCCCGACUGUCUUUGUCGGCUUGAUCCACUCGGAUGCAGGAACCAGCCUGUCCAUCUUGUCACGAAAGUAGUCGACAAUGAAGGUCAUGAACUCGGUCUCCACGUCCACGUCUGCAACCAAGUGCGCGGCAAUACAGAUGCAUGCCAUCCACUGAUGCAUGCGACUGCACACCGACCGAUGUGCGCGACGUCGCCUGCGCCCUUGGGGUCGAAUGCGGUGAAUACGGUCUUCUUCUGGAAGGCGCGGAAGUCGACGACCACGACAUCGUUCUUAUAUUCGUCCAGGAAGGACUCCACCUGCACGAGGAUCUCCUCGAUAUCCUGCCCCCUUGCCCAUGGCUUCCAGAGCGAGUUGCCACGUAGCUCACCAACACACCGUCUUUGUAACCGACCUUGGUUUAUCAAGGCACAAGCACACAUGGUGGGAGGCAUACGGGCGGCCCCCUGACCAUGACAUGGCGGCUGCAUUCAUGGUUUUGCUGACCUUAUGCCUCGUUUGAGCUGUGCCAUGACGUCGUGUGGCUGGAAGCGGAAGGUGCAGUCCUCGACGGCUUUGCCAUUCCAGUCCUUCAUGUCCACACCCGCCCCAGAGUUGUGCGUCCCGGGGAAGGUGAUGUAGCGGAUCUUAAACUCACACAGGCUGGUGUAAUGGUUGCAGCCCGCCAGCGGCCGGAUCUCCUCCGGCUCUGGGGCACUGCAAAUCUUCUUGUCUGCGAAGGCGAACGAGAGGGGGCUUUCAUCAGACACCCACAUGGAAUCGCCGCUGUGCUUCUUGCAGUCGAGUUUGCCGAUGUCGGUGCGGCACUUGCGGCCCGACUGAUGGUGGUCGCUCUCCUCGCAGGGCUCAAGGAAGUUGACCCUCGGGCAGCGGCCGCCAACGAAAUAACCGAACACGCUGUCGCACCAGUAAGACCCGCCCCCUCCUGACGACUGCUGCAGUUGCUCGCCGGCCUCGAGUUGAACGAACGACAGUGCGGGGCGCUUGUCCGAUGCAUCUUUGCGGUGGCGGUGGGCGUCAGACACACAGGCGAGGGAUAGAAAGAGGGCGAGAGGGAGGGGUGGGGCUCCUCGAAAGGAGAGAAGCCUCAUGGAUGGAUGGGGCUCAGGCAAAGAGAUGAGCAACGGACGGCCUUCACAUCAACGGGGGAACGGGGCAGAAGGGAGCGC